AUGGCGGAAAUCCCCAUUAACUCUUCAGAGAAGAACGUCACUAUUGACGGAGAAUUCGAUUUAUCUUCAAUUCUUUUUGACAAAAAGUUGUCCUCUACUAGUAAAUCCAUUAAUGAGGGUCAAGAAAAACGGAAAAGAACUGCAAAUAAAGCGAUCAAAGAGUUGAAUCACACUCAAACUUCGACAUCUUGUCCUGACCCAAAUUCUAAAAUGGACUCGUCCACUUCUACCAGUAUAGAUGACACGACGGUGAUGUUGGCUGAGACCAACUCAAAACUAGACAGUAACUUGAAGCCAAAAGUCUUUUUUAGAUUACCGCAGAAGACCUCAGAAUCAGAGGGGGAAGGGGAAGUUUACCCAAACAUCCCAGAAAAAGAAAUAGUUAAUGACACACCUAUUCUGAAUUUUAAUGAGUUUCCUAAAGAGAAACAAGCAGCCAUAUCAAUCAAAUUGUUAGAAUUGGAAAAGAAAAAUAUUAUUGAAAGAACUUAUCAUGAAGAGGGAGAAUUUAUCUCCAACAUUUUUACUAGAGAAAAGAAGGAUGGGGGGGCUAAGAUUAAUCCUCGAUUUAAAAGAAUUAAAUGA